UAUGGGAUGUCUUCUCCAGGAGGAUUACCGGUUUUGGAGCAAAAGUUCACCGUUUCAUCCAAGACUUUCAAACAAAGUCUUUUAUCAAUAGAUGGAUAUUUUUAUCUCACUGCACCUAAGAUUGGAACAUUGUUGGCAUUCGACGACUACGAAUGCAUCUUUUUAUGCCUAAGGAAUCCUUCAUGCUGGUCAGUAAACUUGGCGGUGGCAAGGAAACGCGAUGCAAAGAUUUGGUGUGAGUUGCUGUCUUCUCAUAAGCAUAGAUUUCCUGAGGCAUUCAGAGAAAAUAGGACUUCACAUCACGUUUCCAUUAUGUCUCCAUGUUUUUCCUCUCCAUGCCAUAACGGCGGUAGCUGUGUGACAAGCCACAUAGGUUACUCGUUUGAAUGUGUAUGUAAAAAUGGAUUUGUUGGAGAAUAUUGCGAGAAAGCUGUAAAAUCAUGCAAGGAGGCAUAUAAUGCAUCCAAAUCAAAUACGAGUAAAUUGGUUUCCCUUCAUCUGGGCUCACAGCCAACGACAGUUCUUUGUCACAUGGGAGAAUUUGGAUGCGGAUAUGGAGGAUGGACGCCAGUAAUGAAGAUUAACGGCAACAAGAAUACCUUCCAUUAUGAUUCUGGUUACUGGAGUAAUAAAACUGAAUACAACACCGCUGGAGGGGAGACUGGAUUCGACUCACAAGAGACCAAGUUACCUACUUAUUGGAACACAUCCUUCUCAAAGAUAUGUCUCGGUAUGAAGAUCGGUGAACAGAUCAGGUUCAUUGUAAUCAACAUGAAGGCCAGCUCUCUUUACUCAUUGAUCGCUGAGGGGAAAUACCGAAGUACCUCAUUGGGUCGUGACACGUGGAAGAAGCUUAUUGGCUCUGAGGCCUCGUUGCAGCAUAACUGUAACACAGAAGGGUUCAAUGUUAUCUGUGAUAGGUCUGUUUUUUCCAAAGCAAGAAUCGGCAUCGCUACUAACAACCAGAAUCAUUGCCGCUCUUGCGACUCCAGGAUUGGGUUUGGUACAGGAGGGCAAUAUGAUGACUCUAACACAUGUGGAAACGAGGCUUCGCAGACACCGGAUAAUGGAGAUAAACACAUUAAAGCCAUUGGUUACAUUUUGGUUCAUUGAAAGCAAAGAAAAACGCGGACAGUUUAUUUAAAUGUUAAGAUUAGAUUCAGAGAGAUUUAGUUAUUAAUAAAAAAGGCUUUUUCAAAAAUCUUAAAAGAUGUUUUUUUUUUCGUUGUAUACAUCAAUGACUUUUCAAUUUUAUUUGAGUCUUUUUUCGAUUGUCUCGUUAGGCAGCAAUGUUGCUUGCACAUUUGCUUUGGCAAAAGUAAUUGUUAGGUAAGACUCAAGUCGUUCGCCGAUACAUUUGAAAGUAAAACUUGACAA